UGAAGUCAAUCAGGCAGAAAAAGGUUUGCAUUAACUAAAUUUCCAACUUCACCUGCAUGUCUAGUAGUAGUAGAAAAAGAUGCUAUGCACAAGCAUCGCUUUACAUGUAGUACUAGGAAGAGAGAGAAGAGAAGUGAUUAAGCAAUAAACUAUUUGGAGUUCAACCAUAAAUCGUAGCAAGCAGCGUAGGAGCAUAUUUGUAAGAGGUUCCGUCUUUGGUGAGCUGUGUAUGUCCUUCAACCAUUUUUUUUUUAUAUUCCAUCCAUCCACAUGGCCUUCCGUCCCAUCGCAAUAAAUCACCGUUACACCUUUCCCUCCUCUUUCUCCCUCCGUCAGCAAUGUGGGAUUACUCUGUAAAAUCAUGACUCUCUUCUGUCAACCUCUCAUAAUUUCGCUGCUUCUUCUCCUCGCUGUUAACCACUCUUCUGGCCUCACUAGAGACGGCGUUCUGUUGCUUUCUUUCAAGUACGCUGUGCUCAACGACCCUCUUUACGUCCUCGCUAACUGGAACUACACUGACCAGACACCGUGUUCCUGGAACGGCGUUUCUUGUUCCACCGUACCAGCCACGAACGGUACCGAGUACCGCGUCACAUCGUUGUCGCUUCCCAAUUCUCAGCUUUUGGGUUCAAUUCCCUCCGAUCUGGGUUCCAUUGAACAUCUUCAAGUCCUAGACCUUUCCAACAACUCCCUCAACGGCUCUCUUCCUUCUUCUCUCUCCCAAGCCUCCGAGCUUAGGUUCCUCAAUCUCUCUAACAAUUUAAUAACAGGGGAGGUUCCCCAGUCCAUUCCCCAGCUUCAGAAUCUCCAAUGCCUAAACCUCUCCGACAAUGCUUUGGCGGGAAAACUGCCUCACGAUUUGUCCGACAUGCACAACCUAACUCUGGCUUCCUUCAAGAACAACUACUUGUCAGGUUUUCUUCCCAGCGGGUUGAGAACGUUGCAGGUUUUGGAUCUGUCUUCAAACCUGUUCAACGGGACUCUUCCCGCGGAUUUCGGCGGAGACGCCAUGCGUUACAUAAACAUCUCCUACAACAGAUUUUUCGGCGAAAUCCCGAUGGAGUUCGCAGCAAACAUUCCCGGAAACGCCACCGUCGACCUUUCGUUCAACAACCUCACCGGCCAAGUUCCCGACUCCGCUGUGUUUUUGAAUCAGAACUGGAAAUCUUUCUCCGGUAACGUCAACCUGUGUGGAGAACAAACGAAGAAUGUGUGCCCUGUUCCUUCUUCGUCGUCCUCUAAACCGAAUAUUUCUGCUCCUAUAUCUCCUCCUGCAAUCGCGGCAAUCCCGCGGACGUUUGAUUCUUCGGCGGCGCCUAGGGGGAAAAAAGGGAGUGGUCUGAAGCGAGGAACGAUUAUAGGAAUCGUUGUGGGAGACGUAAUUGGGAUAGCGAUCCUUGGCAUGAUAUUCGCGCAGGUGUACCGGUUGAAGAAAAAAAAGGAGGUGGUGAAGAAGGAGGCGGUUGUGAGGAGUGGAAGUGGUAGUGAGAGUGAGAGUUCGUGGGAGUCUAGAAGGUUUAUGAGGUGGUCGUGUUUGAGUAAGAGAGCGGAAGAUGAAGAGUGUUCAGAGACAAGAAGCAGUUGUGAUAGCGAGGUGGAGGGGCAGAAGCCAAAGGGUCCUCAACAGGAGGAGAAAACGGGGACUCUUGUGAUUGUGGACGGAGAACGACAGCUUGAACUGGAAACGCUCCUGAAGGCUUCUGUGUACAUAUUGGGUGCGACGGGGUCCAGCAUAAUGUACAAGGCUGUCUUGGAAGAUGGUAUGUCCUUGGCGGUUCGGAGAAUCGGGGAGAGCGGUGUGGAGCGGUUCAAGGACUUCCAGAACCAGGUUCGACUUAUUGCUAAACUGGUGCACCCUAAUCUGGUUCGCAUUCGAGGCUUCUACUGGGGACACGAUGAGAAACUCAUCAUCUAUGAUUUCGUUCCAAACGGUUGUCUUGCCAAUGUUCGUUACAGUAAGUCAUUUCCAUUUUCCUCUAANUUGGAUCUGUCUUCAAACCUGUUCAACGGGACUCUUCCCGCGGAUUUCGGCGGAGACGCCAUGCGUUACAUAAACAUCUCCUACAACAGAUUUUUCGGCGAAAUCCCGAUGGAGUUCGCAGCAAACAUUUCCGGAAACGCCACCGUCGACCUUUCGUUCAACAACCUCACCGGCCAAGUUCCCGACUCCGCUGUGUUUUUGAAUCAGAACUGGAAAUCUUUCUCCGGUAACGUCAACCUGUGUGGAGAACAAACGAAGAAUGUGUGCCCUGUUCCUUCUUCGUCGUCCUCUAAACCGAAUAUUUCUGCUCCUAUAUCUCCUCCUGCAAUCGCGGCAAUCCCGCGGACGUUUGAUUCUUCGGCGGCGCCUAGGGGGAAAAAAGGGAGUGGUCUGAAGCGAGGAACGAUUAUAGGAAUCGUUGUGGGAGACGUAAUUGGGAUAGCGAUCCUUGGCAUGAUAUUCGCGCAGGUGUACCGGUUGAAGAAAAAAAAGGAGGUGGUGAAGAAGGAGGCGGUUGUGAGGAGUGGAAGUGGUAGUGAGAGUGAGAGUUCGUGGGAGUCUAGAAGGUUUAUGAGGUGGUCGUGUUUGAGUAAGAGAGCGGAAGAUGAAGAGUGUUCAGAGACAAGAAGCAGUUGUGAUAGCGAGGUGGAGGGGCAGAAGCCAAAGGGUCCUCAACAGGAGGAGAAAACGGGGACUCUUGUGAUUGUGGACGGAGAACGACAGCUUGAACUGGAAACGCUCCUGAAGGCUUCUGUGUACAUAUUGGGUGCGACGGGGUCCAGCAUAAUGUACAAGGCUGUCUUGGAAGAUGGUAUGUCCUUGGCGGUUCGGAGAAUCGGGGAGAGCGGUGUGGAGCGGUUCAAGGACUUCCAGAACCAGGUUCGACUUAUUGCUAAACUGGUGCACCCUAAUCUGGUUCGCAUUCGAGGCUUCUACUGGGGACACGAUGAGAAACUCAUCAUCUAUGAUUUCGUUCCAAACGGUUGCCUUGCCAAUGUUCGUUACAGGAAGGCGGGCACCUCGCCGACUCAUUUACCGUGGGAAAUCAGGCUGAAGAUAGCGAAAGGGGUGGCACGUGGACUGACUUAUCUCCACGAGAAGAAACACGUGCAUGGAAACUUGAAGCCUAGCAAUAUUCUGCUGGGCAAUGACAUGGAGCCCAAGAUUGGAGACUUUGGGCUUGAGAGGAUAGUCACCGGUGACACCAGUUAUAAGGCUGGCGGAUCGGCGCGUAUUUUUGGGAGCAAGAGAUCCACGGCCUCCCGGGACAGUUUUCAGGACAUUACCUAUGGGCCAAGCCCGAGCCCGAGCCCGAGCCCUAGUUCCAUGAUGGGCUUAUCUCCUUAUCAUGCUCCCGAGUCGCUGAGGAACCUGAAGCCUCACCCCAAGUGGGACGUGUACUCUUUUGGGGUCAUGUUUCUUGAGCUUCUAACGGGGAAGAUUGUGGUUUUGGAUGAUACGGGCCAAGGGCCUGGGGUUUUGACGGAGGAUAAGAACCGGGCCUUGCGUAUGGUUGAUAUGGCUAUCAGGGCCGACAUGGAGGGGAGAGAGGAGGCCCUGUUGACCUACUUCAAGCUAGGGUAUAGUUGUGUGUCUAGCGUUCCACUUAAAAGGCCUUCAAUGAAAGAGGUGCUACAAGUUCUUGAAAAGAUCUCAUCCUCCUCUUCUUCCUCCUCAUAUUAAUAUAGCGUCUAAAUCAUGAUUUGUCACAGGGAUUUUUGUAGAAAGAAAACAAAUAAUGUACUUAUCAUUGACUAAUAGGUUUUUGUAUUUGAUUCAA